UGCUGGAGCGUCUGUCCUCCCUGAGAAUGGGGCACCGUUUUAUCAUCCCAACUGGUGGGACUGGACUGCCUCAGGAAAGGGUACCAGCUCCAGUGCAUUUUCCUAGUUUUCAUUUUAUCUUCGUAAAGCACAGAAGUACCUCCGGGAAUCUAUCCGGUCUGAUUCACCCCCUCUGACUAGCAAGAGGGAGAAGUUUCCCCUGGAAAGAGCCCCCCCGGAGGUGAAGCGGGAAGGAGAAAAACGAACCAAGAGCAAGGCUCGCAGCAAGGGUGUUCCUCCUGGUGGAUGUAGCUUGCUGAAAUCCUGCAGUCCCAGCCUUCAGAACAGAGCCCCAGCCUGGGAGAUUCACCCACUCAGCAUAUAUACACUUCCUUCCCAUAAGAAUGAGAAAGAAGAGAAAAAAAAAAAAACAAAAAAAAACAACAAGCAAAAAACGGCCGGGGUUAAAAGUGCAGAAUCGUUUCUGGGGACACACAGUGUUUGUUUGGAAAGAGCUUUGGCUUCUGUGUUUUUCACUAUCAUUUUCUGAGCCGCAAACCCCGUGUCAAAUGGGCUCCCGGGACAACUGAGGCUGAAAUGUGACCCAGAGCUCCUGUGGGGCCUCUUGACCCCGGGAGGGAAUGGCAGGCUUGUCUUGUAACAGCUCGCUGGCAGGCAGAGAAGCAGGGACUUCUGGGUGCAUCUGUCCUUACCUGGCUCGAGCGGGGCCAGGAGUCAGGAGAGUACACGGUCAUUAAUGAGGCCUGCCCGGGAGCCGAGUGGAAUAUCAUGUGUCGGGAGUGCUGUGAAUACGAUCAGAUCGAAUGCGUCUGCCCUGGAAAGAAGGAGGUAGUGGGUUACACCAUCCCUUGCUGCAGGAACGAGGAGAAUGAGUGCGACUCCUGCCUCAUUCACCCAGGCUGUACCAUCUUUGAAAACUGCAAGGCCUGCCGGAACGGCUCGUGGGGGGGCACGCUGGACGACUUCUACGUGAAGGGCAUCUACUGCGCAGAGUGCCGGGCGGGCUGGUACGGAGGAGACUGCAUGCGAUGUGGCCAGGUUCUGCGAGCCUCAAAGGGUCAGAUUUUGUUGGAGAGCUACCCUCUAAAUGCUCACUGUGAAUGGACCAUUCAUGCCAAACCUGGGUUCAUCAUCCAGCUAAGGUUCAUCAUGUUGAGUCUGGAGUUCGACUACAUGUGCCAGUAUGACUAUGUUGAGGUCCGUGACGGGGACAGCAGCAAUGGCCGGAUCAUCAAACGCUUCUGUGGCAAUGAGCGGCCAGCUCCUAUCCGGAGCACAGACUCUUCACUCCACAUCCUCUUCCAUUCAGAUGGCUCCAAGAAUUUUGAUGGCUUCCAUGCUGUAUUUGAGGAGAUCACAGCAUGUUCCUCUUCUCCCUGUUUCCAUGAUGGCACUUGCCUCCUUGACAAAACCGGAUCUUACAAAUGUGCCUGCCUGGCAGGCUACACCGGGCAGCACUGUGAAAAUCUCCUGGAAGAAAGAAACUGCUCGGACCCUGGGGGCCCAGUCAAUGGGUACAAGAAGAUAGCAGGUGGCCCUGGGCUUAUCAACGGGCACUAUGCGAAAAUCGGCACUGUCGUGUCCUUCUUUUGUAAUAACUCCUACGUUCUUAGUGGCAACGAGAAGAGAACUUGCCAGCAGAAUGGAGAGUGGUCGGGGAAACAGCCAAUCUGCAUAAAAGCCUGCCGAGAACCAAAGAUCUCAGACCUGGUGAGACGCAAAGUUCUUCCAAUGCAGGUUCAGUCAAGGGAGACGCCGUUACACCAGCUCUACUCAGCAUCCUUCAGCAAGCAGAAACUGCAGGGCGCCCCCACCAAGAAGCCAGCCCUUCCCUUUGGAGAUCUGCCCCCUGGGUUCCAACACCUGCACACCCAGCUCCAGUACGAGUGUGUCUCACCCUUCUACCGUCGCCUGGGCAGCAGCCGCCGGACAUGCCUCAGGACCGGGAAGUGGAGUGGACGUGCCCCGUCCUGCAUCCCUAUCUGUGGGAAAACUGAGAACAUCGCCGCUCCAAAGACCCAGGGGAUGCGCUGGCCGUGGCAGGCGGCCAUCUACAGGAGGGCCAGCGGGGUGCAUGGUGGCAGCCUGCACAAGGACGCGUGGUUCCUGGUCUGCAGCGGCGCCCUGGUGAAUGAGCGCACCGUGGUGGUGGCUGCCCACUGCGUAACUGACCUGGGGAGGGUCACCAUGAUCAAGACAGCAGACCUCAGAGUCGUCCUGGGGAAGUUCUACCGGGAUGAUGACCGAGAGGAGAAGACCAUCCAGAGCUUGCGGAUUUCUGCAGUCAUCCUGCAUCCCAACUACGACCCCAUCCUGCUGGACACGGACAUCGCCAUCCUGAAGCUCCUGGACAAGGCUCGUGUCAGCACCCGCGUCCAGCCCAUCUGCCUCGCCGCCCCGCGGGACCUCAGCACCUCCUUCCAGGAGUCCCGCAUCACCGUGGCCGGCUGGAAUGUCCUGUCCGAUGCCAGAAGCCCGGGCUUCAAGAACGACACGCUGCGCUCAGGGGUGGUCAGGGUGGUGGACUCGCUGCUGUGUGAGGAGCAGCACGAGGACCACGGCAUCCCCGUGAGCAUCACGGACAACAUGUUCUGUGCCAGCCGGGACCCCGCUGCCCCUUCUGAUAUCUGCACGGCGGAGACGGGAGGCAUCGCGGCUGUGUCCUUUCCGGGACGGGCGUCCCCCGAGCCACGCUGGCAUCUGGUGGGGCUGGUCAGCUGGAGCUAUGACAAAACAUGCAGCCACGGCCUCUACACGGCCUUCAGCAAGGUACUGCCUUUUAAAGACUGGAUCGAGAGAAACAUGAAAUGAGCCUCGGCGCCACUGAGGUGCUUUUCGUGGGUCCAUCUCUACGUGGGUUGCCUGAGGCAGUGUGGACCUGAAGUUUGAUUCUGCCUGUGAAUUCGGCUGGGCCAGGGCUUCUGACUUCAAGAUCGAAACUCAGCGGAGAGUGAGUAGAGCUCACUUUUUGGUAGACCGCUGCCUUCCUGGCUGCUGACACCAUUUGGAAGACACCAACCACGGCUGCUUUGCAAGGACGGAGUCUCCUCCAAAAAGACUAUGGGGAUAGCAGAGAAGUGGUCCCCGUUCCACCAGCCCAGUGGCUUUGCCCACCUGCCCUAUGGUGGUGUGAAUGUCAUGGCCAGCUCUGGCGGAGACAGCAUUGGCCAAGAAGUCUGGGUUUCAUGAGGUCUCUUCCAAGACUCUAGCCAGACCACGUUCCAAAGAGCCACCCGUGGGACAGCCCGGGACAGCGGAGCUUGGAUGUGGCUCUGGCUUUUGUGUACAUUGCCACCGUAAAGCGUGGUCCUUCUCUUUCUCAAUCCCCUGUCCAUAUUUUAAUAAAACGAGGGUUGGCUUCUGACCUACAGAACCGCUGUGCUAUGGCUCUCAUUGCUGCGUGCUGCUUCUGAUGGCUUGAAGCCCCUUAAAAUAGAUCCUCAAGUCAUAAUUUCAAAACAAUGCGUGUGGCAAAGCCGAAGCCAUCUUUUCAAUACCAGCCCCUGAAAUUGCUGGGUGAUGGGCUGGAGGAGGAACAACAUGGGGGCCGUCAGAAAAGGCACAAACAGAGGAAAAUACCAGGGAUUAGAUGAUUUCUAGUGUCCCCUCUGGUUCUCAUGCUCCAGAUCUAACCCAAAACUCUGCUUUGAACUUCUGUCCAUCUUGAUGACGUAUUCUCAUAGCAUCUGAACUGGAAUCACCUAUUUACUCACACUAGAUUGAGAUGUGCCAAGACAGUGAAGCUCCACUGUUUUCCAGAAGUGAUGUGACUUUCUUUUCAAACGCUACCUGGCUCUCACCGGAUAGCGGCGGGAAAAAAAUAUGAAUUCAGUCCCUGAAGUGAUCUUUUCAGUAACUUUCACUUUUGUGUGUGUGGGGGGGGGGGGCUCACUCUUUUAUCCUUUCUUCCCUGCUCUCCUGGCCAGUCUCGUCUCCUCCAAGAGGGUGCCGUGGAGGCUACCCUUCAAGUACUGGGCCACAAUGAGACUCCGGAGUCCCUGCUGGCUCUUGGGUGUGUGUGGUGGGUCCUUCCCAUCCCUGGCCGUCCUGCCGACAUUGACCUCGAGUGCCACAGCGGUAACCACUGAAACUUGUGCCGUGUUCUCUCUGCUACCGUGGGGCCCAGCAGCCCUCCCUCCUGACAUGGUACUCCUGAGUCGUGGGGGUGACUCCCUUUUGACCCUGGUUUGGAUCACUCGGCCUCAUUGCCACAGCGACAACCUUCUCUGGUAGCCAUCCUGCCAGACUCUCAGUGACCUCCCCUUCUACCCUUGGGGCCUUUGCGAGAAUAUCUCGGUCUUUUCUACACUUCAUGAGGGCUGAGAGCCCAGGGUUGGUACAGGGACCUCCAGAAGAUACUCAUCUCCUAUAGACCCAAAUAGGAACAUUACUCUUUCUCAACCUACUGGAGAGAACUUCGACCUUCAGCUCUUGGGCCGCAACACAGGAGAUUAGGAUACACUUGUCUCCCAACCUGCCUACUAUCUCUGUGUCUUUACAUAAUUCCCUGAGCCAGGAGACAGUUUCUGGUACUUUAUCGUCUUGUCGGACUUUCCUGGGGCUUUCCAGAAUCCACACCCACCUCCUUUCUCUCAUGGCUUAGUCGAAGAGCAAUGUAUUAGUUAUCAACUUCUGAGUAACAAGCAUCUAAUAUUUAGUGGUUAAAACAAGCAAUAGUUAUUCUCUCCUAGCCUCAGUGGGUCAGGAACUGGGGAGCUGAGCCUGGCAUGAUGCCGUAAUGAUCUGAGACCUUAACUAGGGCUGCGGCAUCGGGUUUGACAGAUAUUGUUACCAAAUUGCUGCAAGGUUUUUUCGUUUUCUUUUUUAUUUUUUUUUUCUAAGCCUAGAAAACUUGGAUUUUGAGAGGUAUAAUGGGAGUCUGAGCAAAGAAAUCUAGAUUCAACUUCCUGCCUCUCAACUUCUUUUCUAAGUGACCUGCGGCAAGUCACCUAACAUAGCUGCCUCAGUUUCCCAACUGUUAGGUUGACAUAAUAAAAUCCAUCUUUUGUGGGGACUGUGAUGAUUAAGUCAGAUACCAUGUAAAGUGCUGAGCAUAGUACAUGGCUUAUAGCUCGGUGCCUGUAAUAUGAGGCGGGGGCUAGGCUGUCCAGCUGGGCACAGCUCCAUAGAGCCUGCAUCUGUGCCUCUGUGGGCAUAUCCGACAUGGGUGCCCAUGUGCAUAACCUGUUCUCUCUGUCCUGACCCCCCCCCACCCCCCACCACUCCCCAGACCAUCAGUUCCCUACUUUCUUGACAUCCUUUCCGUCCUUGCCCCGUCAUUCAGACUUGGUUCACAUUUAUGUCAUCUCAGCUAUGACUUUGAUCCCCUCAGAAGUUGAAACGGGCCUGAAAUCCUGGCAGCCCUGCCUUGGCAUACUUGGUUAAUGGGUCCCAUGCCCAUUUCUCCACCACCCCCAAGAUCUUCCCGUCCCGGCAUUGCCCUCGUGGGCUGCAAGCACUCUGCCAUGCUGACCGAAAUCUCUAGGUCUGGACAAGAGAGUCAGACACCAGCCUGUCCCUUGGCCACAUCUGGCACCAUAGGAAUGCCAUCCAUAUCUUCAUAACAUGGCCUUCACAUCCUAGCAUGGGGCUGUGAGGAUGAGAGAUCUCUUUCUCAGCUGGGAAUCUGGAGUGGCCCAUCAGUCAGGGGUUUUGAUCAGAGAAUCAGAACUUCUAAGAGUCUUAUAGAAUAGGGAAUAGUAAUGAAAACAUACAGUUGUGGGCACUGGCAGGGAAGUCUGUGGGAGGCUCUUGCCUUGGCAUCUGGUGUUGAACCUGGAAUCAACAGGGCCAGCAGUCGGGAAGGAAAGCUGGCUGGGAAGUUGGCCAAGCAAGGACAAGCUGAGACCCCCAAGGAUGAAGGGAAGCCCAUGUUUUCCCUUGCCGUCCCCAGCCGUCCUGACACCCUUAGCAUGUAGCUGUACGCACACCUGAUCCAGGACACUCAGAGAAGCUUGAAGAGCAUUUCUAGCAGGUGGGCCUGGGUGCUGUCCCCCUCACCCCCCAGCAAGGUGAGCCGGUGGAUCAGUGACCUUGAGUGUGAAUGAUCACAGUGACUGGUGUGCUACCAGCUUUCAGAGCAGGGAGGUACUGCUCCACUCCCCUCUUCAGAUCCCAUGGAAGUUCCUCUUGUGCCCACCCGCAAUCAGAUAAGGAAGGGAAUUUUGCAUAGUUUCAGCUUCCCCUAGGUUGACCUGGAACAAAAGCCAUUGCAAAUUAUGGGAUAUGAAUGCUGGACAAAUGUUUGUCCAUUCAGGAUGCAUUCGGGGGGAGCCCGAGAAGACUCCUGCUUCACCCAAAACAGUUUGGUUCUGAUUCGUUUUGAAGUAGUUCUUUUUGUCUUUUAUGCACAGGCAGCCCCCACUGUGGAACGUUCUGUUGGCGAGGCCUUGAGGAGCUGGCCUGGCACUCGCAGCUAGGCUAUGGUGUUCUCUUGUUGAAGGUCAGUAAUUUCACAGGAUGCCAGUAGCAGUCAAGAUCAUUCUGUGACUGUGAUGGAGCAAAACACCAAGACCCCAUUAUCUUGUCAAUGAACAGACAAAAGCAGGGUCACCAUACAAACCACAAAAACACCAAUUACUCCCUCUUCAGCUCAUGUGUGUGACUGGCUGCUUCUACCAAUUACUGUUUUAGCUUUGGCCAGUUUUCCUUUCAGAUAAGAUUUAUUGAGAUCGCUAUUACAGAAUGACCUCCACUUACUGAUAGUACUUGAGCUAGAAUAAAGUCCCACUUCCUUGCAACCUCUCCCAGAUAACCUAAUAGAAGCCCAAAUCCAGUAAGUUCUUUCUAAUACUAUCUAGGUGAGAUACCCUACAGUUCCCCAGGAUAUACACUCUCUUUUAUAUCAAAGAGCAGUUAAAUCCAACUUGCUUAGCUAGUGGUGUAUUUCUGGUGGUCCUUGGCUGGAGGUCACUGAAAAAAAAAUGUAUAUGCCCACAUAUGCCUCCAUGUGUAUAGUAAGAGUUUUGCCUAAAUCAUAUAGAACUUACUUAGAUUUUGUAUAUCAUAUGAUAAAAUGUAUAUGAUAUAUAAAAUGUAAGUAAAGUCUAUAUGAUUUAGGCAAGCCUCUUGCCUUCCUUAAGAGUGGCCAGGCUUACACAUCAAGAGGACUUUUCAAGAGUAAUGGGGUAGUUGACUCACACUGUAUUCUCUCAUAUCCACUCCAACAGGAAUUGAGAUGACGGGGCAAUCCAAGCAGGCUAGCAUUUCCAGUUAACUUGACAUUCACAGGGUAGUUAGCACUUCAACUGAGUCUUUGGAGUGGUGGAUGGGAAGGAAGUAGUAUAUAAGAACUUGGCAAGUGCAUAGGUUUAAGCAUGGAAAGGGAUGGCCUAGAGAAGGACCAAUUAUUGCCCAUGAGCGCUUUAUUGCAGUGACAGGUCAGGUUGGCCAGCCAAGGCAAGGCCAGUCCAGGCGAAGCCAGUUGGUGGUGGAUUUCAAAUGCUGGGGUGAAUAAUUUGGCUUCUUUACUGCCCAUCGGCAAGUUUCAAACUCCUGUCGAUGUUUCCAGGAGUGAAAGGGUUGACGUGGAAUUCUAGACAGGCCUCUCGGGCUGACUGUGCAGACAGAGGCAAUGGUUAGAAGACCCAGCCUGAGCUCAAAUUCCAUCUCUGUCAAUUUGCACGCUGUGACCUUGAGUGUGACAUUUGAUCUGUAUUCUGCAGUGGCCUCUUCUGUAAAUGGGACUGGUGUGAUGUGUAUGUGAGCUCGGCAUGGAAGAUGCUGUCUGACCCAUUGCACUUGGUCAAUAAUGGCCACUGUUAUGGCUGUUGUUUAGCUGUUCUUGAGGAGGAGGAGAUUGGAUGUCUGGGAACCAGUUAUGGGAAACCUUACAAGGGGUGGAGAGGAGAAGAGAAGUCUUUCAAUGCGGCUGAGGUCCCAGCAUGUAGAAAUAAGUUCAAAAAUCUGCAGAGUGGGGUUGACAACAGGAAAGGGUGGGCAGAAAUAAAUAGGGGCCUGGGUUAGAAAAACCAAAAAGUCUGAGAGCAAGGAGCAAUGGGAUUGUGUAAGUGGUAGGUGUCUGGAUAAAUUUCUGAGACAAAGUGCUAGGCUUGCAGUGACUUUUUAUACGUUUCCCAUCUGCAUGUGUGUGCGUGCGUGUGUGUAUGUGUGUGUGUUGGGAUGGAGUGGGGUAGGGGGGCUAUAUAUAUUGAAAGGGACCAGGCUGAGCUGGCCAGUAGAAAAUAUAGAGCUAUUUCACCCCCUCGUUUCCAGCAUAACACACAUUGUCCUCUGAAGUUAUGCGUGUGGGGGCUGAAUAUGAAUCUUUACAGUUCUUUGGGAUUUCAGAUUUUUUUCUGCGGCCAGAUUUGUCACCUACUCAAAACUUAAUGGGCCUUCCACAUUCACCUCCUAUAUCAGAACAUCAGUCAAUAAAAUCUCUUCUAUCCCUAAUUCAA